GCGCCAUAGGAAAGGGGAUCUCAAUGCUUUGCAGUCGCUUCCUCUCCUUGCUCCCUUCUCUUCAUCCAUACUGACCUGUGACACAUGGAUAGGUAAAAGCAGAUAACCUAAGCCUAGGUUUCCCGACUUCUGCAUUGUUAAUUAGGCAGGGAGAGAAGGAAGCCUUAUUAUACGAUUGAGAUGCGCACAGGGUGCUGGCAGAAUAGUAGUACGGCGCAGCAUGCGCCCAAUAAAAAUUGUAUUUGCUCGUUCUCUAAACAUUUUCCUAUAUCACAUGGUCUGAAUGGAGCAACAUGUUCGAAUGUUUUUUAACAGAUAUAAUUUUGUGUUUUAUUUUCAGUAACAAAUAAUUAUUUAUGCGCGUUGACAGUGUAAAUAGAGCAAUGCACGCGUCUGCUGGGACGGGAGUUUUUAUCUUGUCCUUGACAUCAAUACCCAUUUCCUUUUUCUUCAACUCUCUGAUCUACACUAACAGCAUUGAGACAGUCUUUUUCGCUGGAUCUACGACUGUUCUUAUCUUGGCGAUAUCUGCAUGCUUUCUAUUCAAGAAGAAGGCACCCAAAGACCCUCUAUUCUAUGUGUUUGCAGUGUAUGCAUUCCUGAGUGUGGUAAACCUGAUCAUUGGUCUGGAGCAGGACAGUAUCAUCGAUGGUUUCAUCACCUUUUAUCUAAAAAAUGCAAACGCCUACAUUAACACGGCCCAUGGACACAUGAUCUCCUAUUGGGAUGGAUGUGUCCACUAUCUCAUGUACCUGCACAUGGUUGCAGCUAUAACCUGGGGGGCAAGCUACAGAGACAUCGGCCUGUACUGGGUGGGGUCCAUUCUCAUGCGCGCCAUCGUCUACAUUCCUGGAAAUGUUGUGGGGUAUGGUAUCCAGCUGAGCCCCCUGUUCCUGGUCCACAUGCUCUACGUGGUGGUGUCGGUGUGGGCCUGCUUCCGCGUCUUCAGCCAGUCCACCACCAGACAGGCUCAGACAAUGAGUAUCAAUGAGGCCCAGAGGACUAUGCUAGUGGAGAGGCCCCUAGACUUUCUGUUUGUCAUCUACCUCGUCCCUGCUACAUUUUUCUGUGUCUUCAGAGGCCUGGUGGCCCUGGACUGCCCGACAGAGUGGUGUCAGGAGUACACACAGCUAUAUGAACCUUACCUGAAGGACCCCUCGUCUUAUCCUAGAAUACAGAUGAUAGUGAACAUGCUUUACUCCGGUCCGUACUACAUCAUUGCGCUCUACGGGCUGCUCGUGCCUGGGUGUGAGUGGAUGCCUGACCUCACUCUGGUCCACUCUGGGGCAAUAGCACAGGCCCAGUUCUCCCACAUCGGUGCAUCUCUCCACACGCGGACGCCGUUCUCCUACAGAGUACCAGCUGACAGCCAGAUUGUCUUUCUAUUAGUCAACGCCCUGUAUGCCAUCGUACCCCAAGCCCUCUGCUACCGCUGUGUCACUAGCCCUGCCUUCUUCCACAGAGACCAACACAAUGACAAGAGGACUGACUGAAGGAACUGACGGACCAACUGACUGGCUGGCUGGCUGACCGACUCAGGCCUUGACUAUGCAGAAACCAGUCCAAAAGUAUCUCUCUGCCUAGCAUAACUGCAGAAACCAGUCCAAAAGUAUCUCUCUGCCUAGCAUAACUGCAGAAACAAGUCCAAAAGUAUCUCUCUGCCUAGCAUAACUGCAGAAACCAGUCCAAAAGUAUAUCUCUGCCUAGCAUAACCGCAGAAACCAGUCCAAAAGUAUCUCUCUGCCUAGCAUAACUGCAGAAACCAGUCCAAAAGUAUCUCUCUGCCUAGCAUAACUGCAGAAACCAGUCCAAAAGUAUCUCUGCCUAGCAUAACUGCAGAAACCAGUCCAAAAGUAUAUCUCUGCCUAGCAUAACCGCAGAAACCAGUCCAAAAGUAUAUCUCUGCCUAGCAUAACCGCAGAAACCAGUCCAAAAGUAAAG